ACAUUGCAGUUUGAAAUACGGAAGGAACAACAAGCUAUCAACUCGUUCAGAGAGUUAGACGAGUGGUGUAACUAUGCUAACGACAGUUUUAAGGAAACGGCUAUGGAGUACGAAUUCGCUGACCGCCUGGCUGCAAAGCAUUCAAAGAGCAGAUUGAAGGAAUAUGAACAAAUUGCAUAUGAAAACUUCCCACGCCUUCGUCCUAAAGUGAACUACAUUCACGUCGCAGAAUCUCAAAUGGUUAAGGGCUACUUCGGUUUUUACUGUGCUACAAAGGCAAUAGAACUUCGCCUACAGAACGUUAAAGGAAACGUUUGCAGAAUUUCCAUUAUUGAAUAUUGA